AAUAUGGAGGGGAUAAUGAAGCUCCCACAGGCUGCUUAGUGCACUACUCUCCCUCACUCUGUAGUAGACUAUUGUAUGGUUUGGGACACACCCCUGCUUGUGCUGUGCGCGAGCUUUUCUCCAGCUCUCGGCGUCACCUACAGAAACUUCAGGCACGCGCUCGGAUCCGCUCAGAGCGCGCGAGGACCAGAAGUGUGAGCACAAUGUUGAGAGGAGCAUCUUUGAUCGUUUUACUUGCUGUGGCUGUCUGUCACGCCGAGCAGCUGAAAAGUAAGAGUAAGGUGUGUGCGAAUGUGUUUUGUGGAGCAGGACGAGAAUGUGCUGUGACAGAGAAAGGAGAGCCCACCUGCCUGUGUAUUGAGCAAUGUAAGCCUCACAAGCGUUCAGUAUGUGGCAGUAACGGUAAGACGUACCGCAACCAUUGUGAGCUUCACCGUGACGCCUGUCUGACCGGACUCAAGAUACAAGUGGCUUAUGAUGGACACUGCAAAGAGAAAAAGACAGACCAGGUCACUGCCAGCCCAAUUGUGUGCUACCUUGCGGAUCGUAAUGAGCUGAGGAACCGUGUGAUCGAGUGGCUGCAAGCCGAGGUGGUUCCAGGCGGCUGGUUCAGCAAAGGCUCCAACUUCAGCGACAUCCUGCUCAAGUAUUUCCAGAACUAUGAUAAUGGAGAUGCGCAGCUGGAUUCCACGGAGUUCCUCAAGUUUCUUCAGCACAAUGAGACGACCAUCAACAUCUCCUCAUACGCAGAUGAGGAAAACAACAGAUUGCUGAGGAGUCUGUGUGUGGAUGCCCUGAUUGAGCUGUCAGAUGAGAAUGCUGACUGGAAAUUGAGUUUUGAUGAGUUUCUCAACUGCCUCAAGCCUGGCUUCAAUCCUCCUGAGAAAAAGUGUGCACUAGAGGAUGAGACGUAUGGGGAUGGAGCUGAGACACAGGUGGAGUGUAACCGCUGUGUCUGUGCCUGUGGGAACUGGGUGUGCACUGCUGUGACCUGUGACGGUUCAGAGAAAUUGCCUGCUUUAGAGGAAAUGGACGGAGGUGAUAAAGAAAUGACAGAGGAAGAGUGGAUCCGUAGAGUCGCUGAGCUCAACAAACAUCAGGAAACUGUACAGAAGAUGAAAGUGAGCACCAAGGAGAUCUAAAUGAAGAGCGAUGGUGCAUAUGAGCAGAUAAGAGAAGGAUGAAAGUGGACGUGAAUAGACUACCACACUUGUUUAGUCGACUGUAGUGAUUUCCACAUUUGUUUGUCCACCAAAAAGUGUGUUUUUACUUUAUAUUGUUUCAUGUCAUUGUGUUAAUUAUUCUAAACUUCAGUACGUACUGUUUUAAUGUUAAUUUUUUAAGGAGAUCUCAUAGAGACUUGCUCUGUGUUCACUACGACAAUUUUUUGAGAAAAUAUAUUUUAUACUCCCACUUUUGAAA